AUGAAACCAGCAACCGACCGCCCAUUCGAGGCUUCCAGGUACGCAUGGCGGACCGACACAGAUGGCCUCACCGCUUCCGACCCCGCCGCUGAGGCUCGUUUUGAAAACGCAAAAGAAAGUUACAAAAAAGCCCUCCAAGCGUUCGAAUCAGCGGAUAAGAAAGCCCGGAACCGUUAUCACAAACAUGAAGAAGACGAUGCUUUUGGAGAAUGGGCAAUGCAAUAUGAUCCUGUUUGGUGUUCCCUCAAGGCGGAGGCGCAAUCACAGUGUGCAGCUUUGUGUGACGCCGGUUGGGCGGCCUUCGGACAAGCCUAUCUGGAGAAAAGCGAACAGGGAAUGUCGAAAGUGACUCAAGAUGCACGCUAUGCGGGUUUUGAGCCAGAGAUCUUCUGA